AUGGGUCGUAGUCGAGAUCGUGAAGGUUCGCUUGCUUCAACUGGCUCGGGGCGCACAGCACGAUCAAAGAAAUGGGAUGGCAAUGCUGGUCAUCGACUUCAUUUAUCUGACUUACCAGUGGGUGUUAGUAAGCAUGAAAUCGAAAAAAUAUUUCGUCCGUAUGGCGAAUUAAAUGAGAUUUGGGUCGCGUCGAAUCCACCUUGUUUCGCAUUUAUCAACUUCACUCACCGAUCCGAUGGUGAACGUGCAAUGAAAGAACUUGACGGAACAACUUUAGCUGGUGCAAGAAUUGGCCUGAGCUGGGCCCGACCACGACACUAUGGUGGCCGAUCACGUCGCCGCUCACCAUCUCCUUAUCGACGUAGAGACCGAGACUCUUACAGCAGUCGUCGCCGCCGCUACUCACGAAGCCGUUCGCGUAGCCCACACUAUCGACGCUCUGGCGAUAGCCGCCGACGACGAAGUCCGCGUUCAACAUCGCGAUCGCCUUCCCGAUCACCACGAAGAAAUUCCCGUCGAGAUGACCGUCAGAAAACAUCGAGACGAGAAGACAACAAACGUCGUCGACAUUCUUCGUCACAAUCAGAUCGUAAUUCAAACCAUUCACCACGACGAGACAACAAAAGACAAUCAACGCGUAGUCCGAGCAACGAACGUCGACGAUCAGCGACACCGAAUGGUGAUCAUCAUGCGGUUGAAACAGGUGGUAAUCACGCUGCUGAACUUGAAGUCGAUGAACAGGAUUAA